AUGGCGGAGGAGCUGGGGAGCCUUAGUACGUCCUCCUGGUCGGAAUGGGAAGGCAUUGAUAUCGAGACUCAAGGUAAGGAAAGCCCAGGGGAAGAUCCUUUCGAAAAUGAGACGACUGGUGAGCAGGCUGACCCGUCUACUGAUUGGGCAUCGUUCAAUGACCCGCCACUGGAGUCAAACGCACCUCUUCCUACACCCGCUAGUCACAGUAAAAAUGUAGAAACUGUUUUUAAAACCUGUUUUGAGGUCCCUCUCGAGUCUAAUGAAGAGACGACAACACUCAGUAGAGUGGGGCCACUUGCUGUUGAAACAAAGUUUUUACAAAGACUUCAUAAAUCGACAGUGUCUCUUUCUUUAUCCAGUUGGUCUCAUUCACUUGUUAAGGAUCAGCUCUUACUCACUUUGCUUGCACACAAUGAGGAUUGUCAGACAGCAAGUGAACAAAGUACCUCUAUAGAUCUAGAACUCUCGGCAUUCUCACCUUUUGAUUGGACGCAGGAUGACGGAGACGAAGAGAAAGGGGACAGCGAUAGUGAGGGUGUGUCGUUUUCUCCUGAUCUCAUGCAAGGAUUAUUCAGACAGUGCAAUGGAGGGAUUGAUAGCCCAGUGGAGUUUGAAUACGAUCACGACAAAGCUACAUUAGGGCUGUCUAUGCUAUCAAUGGAUGAACUCAUCCAAAUGAGAGAUGAAAUGUCUACAAAAGUGAACAAUCAGUCAGACGAGCUUAUCUCCCUCCUCCAAACUAGAGACAUUUUAAUACGAGAGACAGACACAAAGAACAAGUUUAUAGCAGCACUCCUGAGAGUGCAGGACAGAAAGCAUGCCUCUAUCAAUGGGAGCAUAUCGACUAGCGGUAGCAGCAUUGCUUCUGGUCAUGCACCAUCAGGAGCCAGUUCUAAUGGAGGAAGUAGUGUGGGUGAGAACAAGAGAACAUCACGUCAUAGACGAGUACCCUCUGAUCCAAAGAGAGCAGUAUCAUCGUCAGAGACCAAGAGACCUUCAGGGUUGUCUGAGGAGAGGCCCAGAUCAAGAACAAGGAGUAGGUCACAGAUACUGUCACAGAAUCUCUCGAAGAGUCUCGCACUUGUUUGGUCGAAAGGAAGGAGACCUUCUGUUGUUGAUGAGAAGAAUAAUGAAGCAUAUCUACAGGUUGUCAUACCAUACAGACACACUGAGGGAUCAGAUAUUUCUUACUCUGUACCUCUCUUAAAACAAUGGAUAACAAUAUUAAAAGCAAUGGCAGAGCGUAGCCCUAACCUACCCACUCUCAUAUCAACAUACUUACAAUCUGAAGUUAUUGAUUCAGACUGAUGUACAUACACACUGCAUCUUGUUCUCUUUUUUUAUUAAUUUAUGUGAUUAUAGCUGUCUUGAUUUUACCAUGUGUGAAAUGAUUUAUUUAUUUUUAAAAAGUUAAUUGACUCAAAUUUUAUAGAUAACAUGACGGCAUCAAUGUGUAUCAGAAUUAUUGAUGAAAUAUAUAAAUCCAAGACUUUAGGUUCAAAGACAAUUGAUAAUGUUCAAUUCAUAAUAAACAAUAUUACAUUAAUGUGAUGUAUUUAAAUAAAGUUCUGCAUUCUUGUAAACAUAAGACUUCAUCUGUUACAACAGUCACUUUUCUU